AAGUUAGGAGCAAAAAGUCGGAAGCUUUGGAUAGUGAAGCUCAAAAACAAAACAAUGGGCUUCAAAGUUUGCUUCUUUGUCUUGUUGGGUUGUCUUCUUCUAGUUCCAGAGACAACAAUGGCUCAAGACAUGAAACAUGUAUCAAUCGUUAUCGAAGGAGCUAGUCUAAUCUCUGAGACCGACGAGAACUUUGUCUGUGCGACAUUGGACUGGUGGCCACAUGACAAGUGCAACUAUGACAAUUGUCCUUGGGGUUACUCUUCAGUUAUCAAUAUGGACUUAUCUCAUCCUCUUCUUGCUAAAGCUAUAAAAGCGUUCAGGACAUUGAGGAUAAGGAUCGGCGGUUCGCUGCAAGAUCAAGUGAUAUACGACGUAGGAGAUCUCAAAACUCCGUGUCGUCCAUUCAGAAAAAUAAACAGCGGGUUGUUCGGAUUCUCUAAAGGAUGCUUGCAUAUGAAACGAUGGGAUGAGCUCAACAGUUUACUAACCGAAACCGGAGCUAUAGUGACUUUCGGUUUAAACGCUUUGCACGGGAGACACAAACUCCGCGGAAAUGCGUGGGGCGGAGCGUGGAAUCGCGUAAACACUCAAGAUUUCAUCAACUACACGAUCUCAAAGGGCUACGUUAUAGAUUCUUGGGAAUUCGGAAAUGAGCUGAGUGGAAGUGGGGUUGGUGCAAGCGUGAGCGCAGAGCUUUACGGGAAAGACUUGAUUGUACUUAAAGAUGUAAUCGACAACGCGUAUAAAGAUUCUCGGUUAGUCAAGCCUUCGCUUGUCGCUCCUGGAGGAUUCUAUGAGCAGCAAUGGUACACCAAACUUCUUCAGACCUCUGGUCCGGGUGUUGUGGACGUUGUGACUCAUCAUAUAUACAAUCUCGGUUCAGGGAAUGAUCCCGACCUGGUGAAGAAGAUACUGGAUCCGAGUUUCCUAAGCAAGAUAUCCGAAACAUUCAAGAGCGUGAACCAGACGAUUCAGGAACACGGACCGUGGGCUUCUCCUUGGGUUGGAGAGUCUGGUGGAGCUUACAAUAGUGGUGGCCGUCAUGUUUCUGAUGCUUUCAUAGACAGUUUCUGGUAUCUAGAUCAGCUGGGAAUGUCGUCGAAACACAACACUAAAGUGUACUGCAGACAGACUUUGGUUGGAGGGUUUUACGGUUUGCUCGAAAAGGGAACGUUUGAACCAAAUCCGGAUUACUAUAGUGCACUGCUUUGGCAUCGAUUAAUGGGAAAAGGGGUGCUUAGGGUUCAGACAGAUGGUCCGCCGCAUCUACGAGUUUACGCUCAUUGUUCAAAAGGAAGAGCGGGUGUGACGCUGCUUUUGAUAAACCUAAGCAAUCAAUCGGAUUUUACGGUUAGCGUCAGCAAUGGCGUGAACGUGGUUUUAAAUGUGGAACCGAAGAGGAAGAAGUCAUUGUUGGAUACUUUGAAGAAACCUUUUUCUUGGAUCGGUAACAAGUCUUCGGAUGGAUAUCUGAACAGAGAAGAGUAUCACCUGACACCAGAAAACGGUGACUUGAAGAGCAAGACAAUGAUCUUGAACGGUAAACCGUUAAAACCGACGGCAGCUGGAGAUAUUCCGAACCUUGAACCGGUCCUCCGUGGCGUGAGUUCUCCGGUUUAUGUCUUGCCACUGUCGAUGGCGUUCAUUGUGUUACCUAAUUUUGAUGCUUCUGCUUGUUCAUGA